UCAGUACAUUCGAAACGGCGAUUGAGGGCAUCAGCAUGGCAUCGGGCAUCGAGGUUUCCACGGAGUGCAAGGGCAUUUUCGAAGAGAUACGCAAGCUGAAGCAGCAUCGCUAUGUGAUCUAUGCCAUCAAGCAGGAGCGCGAGAUCAUCGUGGAUGUGGUUGGGCGUCGCACUGCCAGCUACGAUGAUUUCCUCAACGAUUUGCGCCGGGGCGGACCGGAUGAGUGCCGUUAUGCGGUCUACGAUUAUGCCUAUCAUCAUCAGUGCCAGGGCGCGUCGUCGACCUGCCUGAAGGAGAAGCUCUUCCUGAUGCUCUGGUGUCCCAUGCAGGCCAAGAUCAAGGACAAGAUGCUCUACUCCAGCUCGUUUGCUGCACUCAAGAAGGAGUUCAACGGUGUACAGAAGUAUAUUCAGGCCACCGAAUUGGAUGAGGCCUGUCGCGAGUGUGUUGAGGAGCAGCUUCGCCUGCUGGACCGCAACUAAUUUAAGUAACAUAUACAACAACAGCAACAACAACAACAACAACACUAUCA